UUUUAGAAUAAACUUUGUUUUCUUGAAAAAUAUUAAAACUCCAAAGUUCUAUAGGAUUUUAUCUAGAUAUAUUAAGAUUUGUAUCAUGCUUCAUGAAUAUUUAUUUAUAUACCUGCAAAAGUGAAACACACCCUUAAUUAAAAAAUGAAUAUAUUAAACGAUAAUAGUACUAGAUAUACCUAAUGUGGCAUCAUAAUUAACCUACAUAAACACAUGGAUGUCACUUGAACUCAUAUGUAAUUAUGAAUCUUAAAUAAAUAUCAAUUAUAAAAGUAGUUUUGGUAUUAUUGAGAAUGCUGAGACAAUCUAAAAUGUAUAUCCUCUAUAUAUAAAUUAUAAAUAUAAUUAUUAAAAAUGCAACAAGUGUUUAAAAAAAUUGGUACUCACAAUGGUGCUUUUCAUGUUGAUGAAGUUCUAGCAUGUGCUAUGUUGACCAAAUAUACCAAUGAAUUUAAGAAUGGAAUAAUAACUAGAUCAAGAGAUCCAGCAGUUUGGGCUUAGUAGGACAUUUUGGUAGAUGUGGGAGGAGUUUAUGACCCACAAACUCAUCGUUAUGACCAUCAUUAAAAGGAGUUUUAAUAGUCAUUUUCGAAUGAUUUUAACAUUCGUUUAAGUAGUGCUGGUUUGAUCUACAAGCAUUUUGGAUUAGAGAUCAUAUAAAAUGUAAUUGCUCAUAUCAAUGCCACUACGGAAACGACUAUUGAGAUUCAAAAAGUUGAUGAAAAGACUCUCAACCUAAUCUACAUAAAGUUAUAUAAGAAUUUCAUAUAAAGUAUUGAUGCCAUCGAUAAUGGUAUCAACCAAUAUCCAAAUUAAGAGCAGUUAAAGUACUAAAUCAAUACUCAUUUGUCAGCUGUCAUCAAUAGAUUUAAUCCUACUUGGUGUGAAAAAAAUCAAGAUGAAAAUGCUAAAUUUCAUUAAGCUGUUGAGUUUGUUACUACUGAACUUAUUUCAUAAGUGAAAUCAAUCUAUUUAGGAUGGUAUCCUGGCAGAUGUUAUGUUGUUUAAGCCUUUGACUCAAGAUUUGAAUAGGAUUAAUCAGGUUAAAUAAUCAAAUUGCCAUUGGCUUUGCCUUGGAAAAGUCAUGUCUUCGACAUAGAACAGGAAAGAGGAACUGUAGGAUUGAUUAAGUUCGUUUUAUAUCCUGAUAGAAAUGAAGGAUGGAGAGUACAAGCUGUUUCGGCUAACGAGGAUAGUUUUGAAAAUAGAAAAUCUUUGAAAAGUGAAUGGAGAGGAGUGAAAGAUAUUGAGUAAUUGAAAGCAAUAUCUGGUAUUGAUGAUAUUGUAUUUGUUCAUGCAAGUGGUUUCAUUGGAGGUGCCAAAUCCUAUGAAAAUACAUUGAAAAUAGCCAAAAUAAGUUUAGAAUGAUAUUCAUAUUAAAAGUAAAUCAGUCAAUGUAAAUUAAUCAGAGUA